AAUGAUCCAGAACUAGAUCACUACAGAGAGAAAUCACAGGACCCACCAAAUUUUCGUGGCCUUCAAGGCUGGCACUGAAACUCCAUUAUCCCAAAUGGCUUCUCUACUUCUUCCUCCUCAACCAUUGUACACAUUAUCUUCCACUCCUGCCAUUCCCUUUCUCCCGAAUACCCACUAUGCCCCCUCUCUCAAACCCUCUUACAAACCCCUCAAGUGCAAAUCUCUCACAAUCUCAUUUGCUCUUGCGGAAUCAGACUCUCCCAAAUCCAUAGAACCAGACCCUAACCCUAACCUUCAAACCAUUCUCCAAGAAUUAGCCGAUAGCUUUGUUCUUCCAUCAGAUUACUUUGCACAGCUGCCACGGGAUCUUCGCCUAGACCUGAAUGAUGCUGCUUUUGAUCUUUCAAAUGGACCGAUCAUCGAUGAGUGUGGUCAAGAGCUGGGAGAGACUUUGUUAAAUAUAAGUCGGGCAUGGGAACAAGCAGACACAUCAACCUCCACCACUCUGGUUAGCAAGCUCCCUUUGUUAGUGGGCUCUUUGGCAGACAGUAAUAAACCAGCAUUUGGGAGGCGCUUGGUAUCUUCUGGGAGGAGGUUCCAAUCUAUGGGAAAAUAUGGUCAAGGUGAACUACAAAGGAUUGCCAAAGCAAUGACCAUGACCGGAAAUUUUUUAUCUGCACAUCCAGUAUCUAAUGCAACCGAUGAACCACCAAAAGAGGAAAUUAGGGUGCUGAAGGUAGAGAAUUAACCUGCAGUUGACGUCGAUGGUAAGAUUUGUGGUGUGUGCUGCAGAAAUGAAAUUCUAAAUGAGUACUGUUGUUUCCUUCUGUAGUUUGGAGAGCUUCAGGUUGAACUAACUCCAGACAAAGCCUACAUUGGCGCUGUAAUUGGCUUCAUUUUUGGGUAGUUAUUCCUCAAAAUUUGAGUUCUCUUUUUUCUACUUCAGUUCAUAACCAUCUUUUUGCCCAUCUUAAAUAUUUUAAAACUAGGAUUCUGUCAUGGGAAGUAAGUCAAGGCAUCCAAAGCAUACCAGAGAACUCACUUCAAUAUGCAAAUGACAAUGCUUUGCUGCUUGCUAAGUCUUUGCGUGGAGCUCUCCUUGCACUUUUCUAUUCUUCGACUUUCUUGUCCGCAUUUAUUGUGGUGGGACUUCUUGUCCUUGCAGGACAACUCAAGUCAAAAGAAAAAUGAGAUUUUGUAGGCGCCUCCUUGCCUCAAUUUUGCCUAUAUGUCCGAGAGUUCUAAAAUUGAGGAAGAAAUAAGUGUGAAGGAAAGGAAACGACAUGACCAAUAUGUAUAUAACAUCACAAAAUGUUCCUACUGUAUAAACUGAAAUGUUCCAUCUAGUUUCUUGUCUUGGCAAUUAUUGGAGAUGUAACAGCAGCCUAAUUUAUUAAGGCUUAUUAAGUUUUCUAUUUUUCUUUUUUUAUCUUUAUUAUAAUUUUCAUUGGCUACAUAUAUGGGGCUCUAUAUUUAA